GGUUUGGGUAUCUCCUGAUUGAGAAGAGUCAAAAUACUGAUUCCAAGUGAAUCCUCCUCAGUCAGCCUGUUGGAUGUCUCAGAAUACAAGAAGUCAUGGCAGAAAAUGAUGCAAUGCCAACAUUACCAAAAAAGUGUGGCCCGUACAUUUCAUCUGUAACCAGUCGUGGCAUGAAUUUGGUAAUUCGUGGCAUAGUCCUGUUUUUUAUUGGCGUAUUUCUUGCAUUAGUAUUAAACUUGCUUCAGAUCCAGAGAAACGUUACUCUCUUCCCACCUGAUGUGAUCACAAGCAUCUUCUCCUCAGCCUGGUGGGUGCCCCCUUGCUGUGGCACGGCGUCAGCUGUGAUUGGGUUAUUGUACCCAUGCAUGGACAGACAUCUGGGAGAGCCACAUAAAUUUAAGAGAGAAUGGUCCAGUGUAAUGCGAUGUGUAGCAGUCUUUGUGGGAAUAAAUCAUGCCAGCGCUAAAGUGGAUUUUGCCAACAAUAUCCAGCUGUCUCUCACAUUAGCAGCCCUGUCAAUUGGAUUGUGGUGGACGUUUGAUAGAUCACGAAGCGGCUUUGGUCUUGGAGUAGGAAUUGCUUUCCUGGCCACAUUGGUGUCACAACUUCUGGUCUACAAUGGAGUUUAUCAAUACACGUCUCCGGAUUUCCUUUAUGUUCGUUCCUGGUUGCCAUGUAUAUUUUUUGCUGGUGGAAUAACUAUGGGCAAUAUUGGCAGGCAGUUGGCAAUGUAUGAAUGCAAAGUCAUUGCAGAGAAGUCUCAUGAGGACUGAAGAGAAACAAUAUGCACCUUUUAAACAGGAAAAUAUCUGACAAAUGACUGUUGGAGGAGCAUAAGGAACACUUGACUAUGAAAUUGCCAAAAUGCAAUUUUUUUUUCCCUUGAGUGGUAUACUUUACUGCAAUCUGUGAUUGCUGCUUCUAUAGAAAUCUUGAUGUCUGAUUUUCAUUACUGUGAAGUUACAAUAGUAUGCAAUACAUUUGACAAUAUUGGUUCACAUAUAGGAUUCUUUUUUCCAAAUCUAAACUGAGUUUACUAUAAAUUCUUGUCUGUCCAUAAUGUUGCAGUGCCAAACUGAACCUUUGCACUACAUUUCUGUAGCUGAAACUUCUGCUUCACUUUAUCUUGAAAGUUUUGAGGAAGUUUAUUUUAAUGGCUCAAUGAAAGACGGGGGACUCAGAUUUAGGAAUGAGGAUCUUCUCUUUCCAUGCCGAUAGCUGGCAAUAUCUUUAUGAAAUUCGUGGAUUACAGGUGGGCUUUGAUGCAAUAAGUAAUUGAUUUCUGCCUAUUAA